GGCGCGCGUGGGAAAGGCUGGCCGAGGAGCGGGGAGCCGCGGGGCUGGAGCCGCGGGGCCGGGAGGGUGGGGCGCCCGCUGCCCAGCGCGCGGCGGGCGGGUCCAGGCAGCCCGGCGAGAAGUUGGUGGUGGCGGCCAGGGGCAGCGGGCGGGUGAGCCUCGGGGACGCGCCCCUUCUGGACACCGGAGACGCCCAGGCCGCCGCGGCCGCCCGCCCCGGGCAGCGAGUGUGGGGCGGCCGGGGACCCGCGCGCGGGGGCCCCCGGUGAUGGUGGAGGAGCCGGCCGGGCUGGGCGUAGGGCUCCCACCCGGCGGCGCGCAGCUCUGCGGGGCGCUCCCAGCCAGGGGCGGGACGGGGUCGGGCCGCGGCCGGGUGUCACCGGCCUCACCUGGGCACGUCCUGAGCCCCGGCGCCUCCUGCAGUGUAGGGUCGGCGGCUCCGACUCACCGCGUUGGCAAUGUUGCCCUUUGGAGACAAGACGAGAGAAAUGGUCAAUGCCUGGUUUGCUGAGAGAGUUCACCCCAUCCCUGUGUGCAGAGAAGGCAUCAGAGGCCACACGGAAUCCUGCUCUUGCCCCUCGCAGCCGAGCCCCCGGCCAGACAGCAGUGUCCCUGGAACACCAACCAGGAAAAUCUCCGCCUCAGAAUUCGACCGGCCGCUCAGACCCAUUGUUGUCAAGGAUUCAGAGGGAACUGUGAGCUUCCUGUCUGACUCAGAAAAGAAGGUACAGAUGCCGCUCACCCCCCCAAGGUUUGAUGAUGAUGACGGGGACCAGUGCUCAAGACUCUUGGAAUUGGUGAAGGAUAUUUCGAGUCAUUUGGAUGUCACGGCCUUAUGUCACAAGAUUUUCUUGCAUAUCCACGGACUCAUCUCUGCUGACCGCUAUUCCCUGUUCCUCGUCUGUGAGGACAGCUCCAAUGACAAGUUUCUCAUCAGCCGCCUGUUCGAUGUCGCAGAAGGUACCACACUGGAAGAAGCCUCCAACAACUGCAUCCGCUUAGAGUGGAACAAAGGCAUUGUGGGCCAUGUGGCGGCACUUGGCGAGCCCUUGAACAUCAAAGACGCCUAUGAGGAUCCUCGGUUCAAUGCAGAAGUGGACCAAAUUACAGGCUACAGGACACAAAGUAUCCUUUGUAUGCCUAUUAAGAACCAUCGGGAAGAGGUGGUUGGUGUAGCCCAAGCCAUCAACAAGAAAUCAGGAAACGGUGGGACAUUCACUGAAAAAGAUGAGAAGGACUUUGCUGCUUACCUGGCAUUUUGUGGCAUUGUUCUUCACAAUGCUCAACUUUAUGAGACCUCACUGCUGGAGAACAAGCGGAACCAGGUGCUGCUCGACCUCGCUAGCUUGAUCUUUGAAGAGCAGCAAUCACUAGAAGUCAUCCUGAAGAAAAUAGCUGCCACCAUCAUCUCCUUCAUGCAGGUGCAGAAGUGCACUAUUUUCAUCGCGGAUGAAGAUUGCUCUGAUUCUUUUUCUAGUGUGUUUCACAUGGAGUAUGAGGAAUUAGAGAAAUCAUCAGAUACUUUAACAAGGGAACGUGAAGCGAACAGAAUCAAUUACAUGUAUGCUCAGUAUGUGAAAAAUACCAUGGAACCACUUAAUAUCCCAGAUGUCAGUAAGGACAAAAGAUUUCCCUGGACAAAUGAAAACACAGAGAAUGCUAACCAGCAGACCAUUCGAAGUUUGCUUUGCACACCUAUAAAAAAUGGAAAGAAGAAUAAAGUGAUCGGGGUUUGUCAACUUGUUAAUAAGAUGGAAGAGAACACCGGCAAGGUGAAACCUUUCAACCGAAAUGAUGAACAGUUUUUGGAAGCCUUUGUCAUCUUCUGUGGCUUGGGCAUACAGAACACACAGAUGUAUGAGGCUGUAGAGAGAGCCAUGGCCAAGCAGAUGGUGACGUUAGAGGUUCUCUCCUAUCACGCGUCAGCUGCAGAGGAAGAAACCAAAGAACUCCAGUCUUUAGCGGCGGCUGUGGUACCAUCUGCCCAGACCCUUAAAAUCACCGACUUCAGCUUCAGCGACUUUGAGCUGUCUGACGUGGAGACGGCCCUGUGCACAAUUCGCAUGUUCACCGACCUCAACCUUGUGCAGAGCUUCCAGAUGAAGCAUGAGGUUCUUUGCAGGUGGAUUUUAAGUGUUAAGAAGAAUUACCGGAAGAACGUUGCCUAUCACAAUUGGAGACAUGCCUUCAACACAGCUCAGUGCAUGUUUGCGGCCCUGAAAGCGGGCAAAAUCCAGAACAAGCUGUCUGACCUGGAGAUCUUGGCAUUGCUGAUAGCCACACUGAGCCAUGACCUGGAUCACCGCGGGCUGAACAACUCCUACAUACAGCGAAGCGAACACCCACUCGCUCAGCUCUACUGCCACUCAAUCAUGGAACAUCACCACUUCGACCAGUGCCUGAUGAUCCUUAAUAGCCAGGGCAACCAGAUCCUGAGUGGCCUCUCCAUCGAAGAAUAUAAGACCACACUCAGAAUCAUCAAGCAAGCUAUCUUGGCAACAGACCUUGCACUGUACAUAAAGAGACGAGGAGAAUUCUUUGAACUUAUAAGAAAAAAGCAAUUCAAUUUGGAAGACCCUCAUCAAAAGGAUCUGUUUUUAGCGAUGCUGAUGACAGCCUGCGAUCUUUCUGCAAUCACAAAGCCCUGGCCUAUUCAACAACGGAUAGCAGAACUUGUAGCAACUGAGUUUUUUGACCAAGGAGACAAAGAGAGAAAAGAGCUCAACACAGAGCCUGCUGAUCUAAUGAACAGGGAGAAGAAAAACAAAAUCCCAAGUAUGCAAGUUGGGUUCAUAGACGCCAUCUGCUUGCAGCUAUACGAGGCCUUGGCCCAGGUAUCUGAGGACUGUUUCCCUUUGCUGGAUGGCUGCAGGAAGAACAGGCAAAAGUGGCAGGCUCUCGCAGAACAGCAGGAGAAGACGACGCUGAUUAAUGGGGAAAGCAAUCAAGCCAAGCGGAAAUGAGUGGCCCCCCCGCCUGCAGAGAGUUGAUGUUUACAGAGGGUACAAGUCUGCCCUAUGCCUGGUUGUGCUACACAACUGUACAAACUUGGUGUACACUUUGCCACUGCUUUAAUGUUUGUUUGUUUGUUUUUAAUUUUGCACAAUUUUUGCAAACAGUGCAUGAAAUGUUUUUAAGGGACUGUUCCUCAUACCACCUGCAUAUUUGUCUGAUGCCCCUGACCAGAGACAAUCACCAGCACCCACUUUUAGCACCCAGAUAAGAGCCCUGCUCCUGACUUGCAGAGUAUAAGUGGCUUUCUUACUCUGACUGGGCUUGUUUGCUUUAUGUUAAAUAAUCUGUGUUUUCUGAGUUAUCAGUCUUUCAAGAAUGUUUAGAAUCUCGCAAAUAGGCUAGGGACAGAUUAAAUCUAUUCCGUGGCAUUUCAGAUCUUUGCAGGGUUCUGAAAGGAUAUCCAACCAAGUGGCUUGUAAGGAGGAAGAGGCAUAUUAACAGAUGCAAAGUAUUGAGGCAGGGUUGUAAAGAAAAGGCUAUUUGAAGGUUAUUUAAGCAGGUGAGUGUGAGAAUGGGAGGAGAACACUUCUCACCUCAGUGCAGGGCCUGUGACACUACAGCAACUUCUAAUCUGGUUCCACUAACUAUAUUUCAAGAAGAGAGUGGCUUUGGCUGUCUGAAGGUGAAGCAAGCAUCCUUGAGGUGGUGGUGUUUUUUUGUUUGUUUGUUUUGUUUUGCCUCCAGAGUUAUCGCUGGGGCUUGAUGCUGCCACUAUGAAUCUACCGCUCCCAGGUAGCCAUUUUAUCCAUUUUUUUCUUCUGUUUUAUUCUGUAUGGCAGAGAGUUGAAGAUGGGGGGAGAGAGAGAGAGACCUGCAGACCUGCUUCACCACUCGUGAAGUGUCCCAGUGUGGAUAGGGAGCAGGGACUUGAACCCAAGUCCUUGUGCAAAGUACUAAGUGCACUUAACUGAGUGCAUCACCACCCGACCCCCUUGAAUUUCCUUUAUAAAGUACCUUCCUCAGAUACAGUGGCCAGGCAGUGGUGCACCAGGUUAAGCACACAUAGUAAGAAGUGCAAGGGUUUAAGUAAGGAUCCCAGUUCGAGCCCCCUGGCUCCCCACCUGCAAGGGGGUCUGCUGGUGUCUCUCUUUCCCUCUCUAUCUUCACCUCCCUUCUCAAUUUCUCUCCAUCCUAUCCAAGUAAUUGAAAAAAAUAGCCACAGGAGCAGUGGAUCCAUAGUGCAGGCACCAAGCCCCAGUGGUAACCCUGGAGGCAAAAAAAAAAAAAAAAAAGAGAAAAAAAAAACAAGAUAGUCAUCAUUAGAGGUGUAACUGUAGACCAAACAUCCCAGAUGAGUUUGAUUUGUUUGUUUCUUUUUUUUUCCUUGCCAAAACACAGUACAGGUGGAAAUACUGACUGCAUGAAAAGCAAAAGAUGAUACUGGGCCAAAAAUCAGUCAGAUGGCAGGAAUAAGUUAAGAAACCUUAGGCUUGAAUCAAAUUGAGAAGCAACCAGCUCGUGAGUGAGAAGCAGCCAGUGACUUGGUUCCUAAGACUUUUAAACUGUAGCCAUUGGCCCUGGGAGGAGGAUUUGCUAAAAGCACUGUUUGCCCCCCCCCCAAAACAUUUCAUUUUUCUCUCACUAAUUUGGGUGGAAAAUACCUUGGGAUCCAUAGUGUGCAGCAUUCUCAAAGUCCUGCUGUUAAGACAUGUUCUCCUCAACGGCCUGUAGCAAAUCAUACAAAUUAUUACAGCCUCAGCCUCGGAAAAUGAUCGACUCUUUAGUGUCAUCGUUGUUGGAACUUCCAUUGCCAGGGUCUUCCUUGUUUUCACUUUGUGUCAGACAGAUGUCAAAUAACGUUUUUUCGUGGCACUGGUGUGUAAAUUAGCAAGACACAUUAUUUUAGGGACGGUCCGUCAAGAAUGACAUUUGCAUACACAAAAGUAUGUAGUCUUCCAUAGUCUUUUUUUCCCUCACUCCCAUUGUAACUUACCAGUUAUGCUCAAAUGCCUAUGCAGUCAUCUGUUUUAGUAGUUUGCUUAGACCUAUUAUGUCAGAUUUUUUUUUUUAAAGACACAUAUUAUGUGUGGAGUAUUUAUUUGCGUGUGUCAUUUCAAGGAGCAGAAAAGAGACCAUAAAUGCUUCAACUAAGCAUUCCAUAUAUGGGCACAAAUCCAUUUAGCUCUUAUGUGAAUAACAGCUUUCUAGUAUCUCCUUAAAUUGGAAUAUAUAUAUAUAUUCCUCCUUCACCCUGGCCUCUAUAUAACCCACAGCUACAGUGAGGUGUUAAUAGAUGUAUAUAAAAUGGCCAGUCUGACAGUUUUUAGAGAACUGACCGCUGCCAGUCACAGUCCUGUGUGUCCUUGUCUAAGUCACUUGACCUCUGCGUACCUGAAUACGUUGCCCUGUUAAAGGAGGAUGACACAGAAACUAGCUACUGCGCAUGCCCUAAGGGGCCCUGACCACUGUCAGAAAGGGGAUACUAGGCAACGUUUCCUUUCUUAGCUUGAGUUUUCCAAGACUGAAAAAGCAGCAACGCUACAGAUUUCCUUGGCCUCUCAUGCAGAUCACUAGUGAGCAUGAGAUGAGACUUAAGGGUCUCAUCUCAAGGCCUAGCAGUGAAGUGCCUUCAUUUUUCAGCAUAGAGCACAAAUGUUAGGACCAGCUCUGAUUUGAUUUUUGUUUCUCCCACAUUUUUUUUUCCCACCAGAACAUACUCCUCAGAACUUUAUAGGCUUGUGAGUCUGAGAAGUGGCGCAGUAGAUGAAGCACUAGACUCUCAAGCAUGAGGUCCUGAGUUCAGUCCCCAGCAGCACAUGUACCAGAAUGACUUAAAAAAAAAAAAAAAAAGUACAAGCUGUUAGCAGCUGUGCUCUUAUCUUCCAAGAUGAGUGUCAGGUGAGAGGCAGGACCACUGGUAAUGCUGUGUCCUCUCCUCUCCUUUGAACAAGUGCCCUUGAGUGGCUCAGGGAUGGGGGCGGAUAGGGUGCAGGAAAUGUCUGUGUCUGAUUCUGACCAUUUCAAGUGAACAUAGAGGAUAAUGUUCUAUCGCUUUUGCCCUUAUCUAUAACUUCUGUGUCAGUUUCCCAAGGAACAUCUUUUUUUUUUUUUUUUUUUUGGAUUAUUAAGAUCUGUGGUCUGUAGUUUUAAAGGAUACUUUAUAUAAGGAAUUAUAUACUCCAACAGAUUGGUUUUCCUUGUGCUAGUCAGGUAGACGUUAUUCAGUUCCCUGAGCAUGUUAAAGUGUACACUGUGGGGCAGCGGUAGACUGCAUACUAGUUAUGCAAAGAGACUCUCAUGACUGAGUCUCCAGAGUCCCAAGUUCAAUCCCCACACCACUAUAAAACAGAGCUGAGCAGUGCUCUGGUAAAAAUAAUAAUAAUAAUAAUAAUAAUUUAGAAAUAAAAAAAAUACUUUUUAAAAAAAGCUGUGUUAGACCCCUUACACUCUACCACAGAGAGCAAGGAAGAAAGUAUUUAAAAAAAUAAUAAUAAUAAAUUUUAAAAACUCACUCUUCCCUUCUAGAAAGCCUGUGCAAACUUGUCUUCUUAAUGAAUGCUGUCGAAGGCAGUGUAAAUAGUUGAAAAUAAACAUUUCUAUUACAGUUGAAGCAAAGGAAAAACUAUGAACCAUCACUAGCCACUGUUAAUACCUGUUUGUAUUCUUCUACCUUUUCAAUAUAUUUGGACAAAUACAUAUAUAUAUAUAUAUAGUUUCUGGCACUAUUUUUGUACUAGGAUAAAGAAGUUAACUGUGUAUAUUAUGCGUAGCUGUCGUGAAUGCUGGCCUGUCUCCCACCGCGACAACGUCUCAGACGGUUCUCAUGACAACACCACCUUCAAAGCUGACGUCUUUCAGGUUGCCUGAGACCCCUCUGGAAUCAAGAUGGUUCCCACUCUGCCCACUCUUCCUCGCCUCACAGCUGUACCGCCAUCCUGCCGUGCUCUGUAAAAUUAAAAAGAAUCAACCAUA